GGAUUUCUUUAGUGAUUUAGACACGUCAUUAUUUUAUUUGAACGGUACGUCAUUUUCCUUAGUCACCGAUUAUUUUUAAUAUAAAAACCGCAUUUCGUUUUGAUAAAGCCGAUUCUUAAUCGUGUUGUGUUGCUGCUAGUACUGCAGCUAUUUGAUUUAUUGUAAGAGUUAGAGUUUGCAAAGUUUCACAAUGAGUUUACAGUGGACAAUUAUCGCGACGUUCUUAUACGCCGAAAUAGCCAUCGUGCUCCUCUUGACAUUGCCGAUCGCAAGUCCAUCAAAAUGGCAGAGGUUUUUCAAAUCAAAAUUCCUCGCUUACAUAAGUGGUCAAGCAUCUAUUUACUUCUUAAUUCUGAUCGGCGUGCUAGUGCUAUGCCUCCUCGAUGCCAUCCGCGAAAUGCAGAAGUACUCCAACAUCGAGUCCACGGACCACCAGCACUUGGACGCAGAGAUGCAAGGUAACAUGAGGCUGUUCCGUGCCCAGAGGAACUUCUACAUCUCUGGUUUCGCGCUAUUCUUGCUGGUUGUAAUUCGCCGGUUGGUGCAGCUGAUCUCGGAAUUAGCCACUCUAUUGGCGCAGUCUGAGGCUAACUUCCGUCAAGCGCAGAGCGCUACAGUCACCGCUAGGACGCUGCUUGACCAGGCCGGCGCUGGCGACGAGAAGGCCAAGAAAGAAGUAGAGGACCUUAGGAGCCAAAUCACGUUGCUCGAAAAGGAAUUGAAUAAGGAGAAGAAGGACAAAGAGGCUGUAAAAUCCCAGGCUGAGAGCCUCAACAAGGAGUAUGACAGACUUGCUGAGGAGCACAGCAAACUGCAGAAGAAGCUGACAGUGGCCAGCGGCGGUGACUCCAAGAAGGAUGAAUAGAUACGUCAAAGAUGUAACUUGUGGUCUGAUUAGGUAGUGAUGUAUGAGUCCAUGAACAUUUUAUAAGUCUUCGCAUCACUAAGCUUAUUGAACAACUUUAAUACCUGCUAUCAGUCUAUCAAAAAUAUGCAAUGAUUAAUCUGUGAUUCCAGUAAUUUUUAGAUCUAAUAACCUGCCUUGUAAUGUUAUGGGGUUUUGUUAAAAUUAUCCUUCAUAUAUGAUGUUUAUUCUAAUAAUAACCAAUCACUUAAGCAAUGUCCUCACAAUUAUUGUAACUAAUUAAGGCAUUAUAAAGAGCAAUGUUUGCAUUUAUUUUUGUGGUAUCUAAUUAUAAUAUUAUGGUGAAAUGAUGGUAGGGUCAGUGUCCAUUUCAUAUGAAGUAAUAUUUUUAACAGUUGCAACAUACAAAUUGUGUUUUUUAUACAUAUAAUAUGAUGUUGAUACAUUAUUUACCUAAAAUAAUUGUUGAGUGUGUGCAGGAUAUAUAUUUUUUACUGAAUCGGAAGCACCCAGUGCUCUCAAUACAUCCUCAAACAUAUUUUUGUAUGAAAAUGAAAUGAUGCAAUUAAGUUACUCUUAAGUUUAUUUGUGUAACAAAAGUCUGAAUUGUUAAUUUAUUUGUUUUAUUUUUAAUUUAAAAAGACAACCCAAUCUUGUUGAAAUAUAAUAUAAACCAGUUUGCAAGAUUGUCAAAGAAAUCAUAAAAAAAUUGUUUUCUUUAUAAAUGUACCCUCUUCCAAACAUUUGAGCUUGAGUAUUUAUAUGGUCUAUCUAGGUGUUUUGUUGAUUUUAUCACCAGUAAGACAGGUCUAGUUGGACAUAAUCUUGUAUUUGGAUUCAAAGUUCAAAGUACACAUUACACUAAAAAUAAUAAAUGAUUAGUCAUCUUAGACAAUGUGUGUAUAACAACACAUUUCCUCAGUUACAUCAUUUUUGGUGCGAGAUUUUUUUGCCGCCAUUUAUUUUUAGGUAGAUUGGCUGUAUUCCCAUAAACAAUUUUAACAUACACUAAAUGUAUUUAUGCUUCCUCUUAUCACAAUUUGUACUUAUUCAUGUUCUAAUACAUUUUCAAACAAAAUGUUAUUAUUCAUAUCCAUUUGGAUUGUUUGUUUUGUAUUUAGAAAAGUUGUCAUGAAAACAGAAUAGGGAGAACCAGUGUACACGGGAAAAUUGCGAAUAUGAUUGUAUUUUUCGCGCGCAUAAUUGCGAGUAUUUUAAAAAGAGUGACAUUUUUCGAGAAAGAAGUUUAUGGUAAGCAGAUUGUUGUUCUCUAUUCUGUGUUUAUGGUGCAAGUGUUUUUCCUGUAUGGUUUUGAAUUUGAUAUUAUGUAUGGGUUUGUUAUGGGUAGUUUAGUAACCAAGUGGGUGUAUUUGUGAUGUAUUUCUAUAUUUAACUAUUUUCAGUGUUGCUUCGAAAUAAAUUUGUAUUUUUAA